AUGGCUUCUCUCGACGGCGCUACUCGCCCUUCCUUCAAUGCGGAUCAGCCGGAUUCCCAAUCUAAGAUACUCCAGCACGACUCGACCUUGACAGUUGGACAGUCAAUUACCUUGACUUUGGGUAGCGAUGCGCUUGUUAUUGCUGAGACCAAAGAAACUCAAUCUAUCGCAUUGUACAACAUCCUUCAUGCAGAAGUUUCCUCUGCAGGUCUGACUAUUACAUAUGCGGACCCUGUAACCAAGCACGAUGUUACCGUUGGUGCCUUCCAAUACACCAUUGCGGACGAAGACAAAGCAAAAGCCGAAGCAUUCACAACCAGAUUACUUGAUCUGGCGUAUGGUAAUGCCAAGCGCUACAAAAGAUUCAAGGUCCUGAUCAACCCGUUUGGUGGGAAGGGUAUUGCCUCGCGAUUGUAUCAUCAAUACGCGGCGCCGAUCCUUGCUGCUGCGCAUUGCGCAGUUGAAGUAGAAGAGACAACGCAUGGGGGACACGCCACCGAGAUAGCAGAACAAAUUGACAUAGACGCAUACGAUGCAAUUGUAUGCUGCUCCGGUGAUGGAUUGCCCUACGAGGUCUUCAAUGGUCUGGCCAAGAAACCUAAUGCUCGCGAGGCGUUAUCGAAGCUCGCUGUCGCCAUGAUACCUGGUGGUUCGGGGAACGCCAUGGCUUGGAACCUUUGCGGAACAGGUAGUGUCUCUAUUGCUGCGCUGGCGAUUGUCAAAGGAGUAAGAACUCCCAUGGAUCUGGUCUCCAUCACGCAGGGCAAAACUCGAACCCUAUCCUUCCUGUCGCAAUCUUUCGGUAUCAUCGCAGAAUCCGACUUAGGAACUGAUAAUAUCCGGUGGAUGGGUGCCCACCGCUUCACCUACGGUUUCUUGGUCCGUCUCAUGCAGCGCACAGUGUGGCCAUGUGACCUAGCCGUGAAAGUUGAGAUCGAUGACAAGAACGCGAUAAAAGAGCAUUACAGAAGGUACGCGGCCGGAGAACCUUCCCGCCGCCCGUCUGAAAACACCGUCGCCGGAUUGGGAGGGCUCCCCGACUUGAAGUACGGCACUGUCUUGGAUGAGCUCCCACAGGACUGGGAAGUCGUCCCGGGUGAGAACAUGGGCAAUUUCUACGCGGGCAAUAUGGCUAUUAUGUCCGCAGACACGAACUUCUUUCCGGCCUCUCUGCCGAAUGACGGUCUGAUUGAUGUUGUCACGAUUGAUGGAAACGUCAGCCGCCUCACAUCGCUCAAAAUGAUGACGGAGAUCCCUGAGGGAGGAUUUUUUGAUAUGCCGGAUGUUAAGAUUCGUAAGGCUUCGGCAUAUCGACUUACUCCCCGUGAGAAAGAAGGCUACAUCAGUGUCGACGGUGAACGUAUACCGUUUGAGCCGUUCCAAGUCGAAGUUCAUCGUGGUCUAGGCACCGUGUUGUCGAAGUCCGGACACCUUUACGAGGCCGAAGGCCCUCGGCCAUGA